AUGCCCACGUUUCCCGAAUUGGUUAUGUCUGUUCACAAUGACAGUAGAUACCUGAACUACGAAUUCAAAAUGAAUACAGUGUCUUGGUGUGUUCUAGGCCUGUCAGCAUGCGUAUUUCUCGGACUUAUCUGUUUUAUCAGAAUGGCAAUAAUUUAUUGUUCCCAACCUUCCAUGGCUACCAAAGCUAUCCAUCCGCACGUAUUUAAAUCUAUGGUUAUUAUGCAGUUGUCGCAUUAUAUUUUCUUCAUAACUGAUAAUUUGGCAUUCCGCGUGCCUUCUACCGGAUUUGUUACAGCUAGCUGUGCUGCCAUGGAGCCUAAUCACUACUUAAAAAUUAUUUACCUGUCACAAAUGUGGGGAACCUAUUGGUCAAUGUUUUCCUCACUAUUGUUUUCUAUCAUUCGAAUGAUUGUCUAUGUAACUCCAACCAGACAUGCAGAGUGGUCGUCUUACGUUUUUUACACAUUCAUUCCGUUGGCUUUCUUCUCACCAUUUGGAAUUACGUACUUUAUGUAUCCAGCAAAAGGCUAUUGUAGACAAUGGGGAUCUCCUUUGGGCUUCGGGUCUGUCUUCAUCUCCUACACCGAAACCUAUGAUGAAAUACGACACGACAUAUUCUUCAUCCCGUUGACUUUAGCUGUCCCUCUCCUUAUUAUCAUCAACAAUUUUGCUCUUAUAGUUAUGGCAGUUGGCUACUCAAAAACAUUAAAGCGCGGUCAAAGUUUGUUCAAGCAAUCAUCUCAAUUAUCCCUUAUCUUGACUAGCAUAGCAAUGACCGUACCAUACAUCACAAGUGGAAUAUUGACGGCAGUCGUAAUUUCAUACCCGGACGUCAACGCCUACGUUCUCUUCAUUCGAAGCCCGAUUACCGACAUUGCUCAAUCAUCAAUCCCAAUAAUCUUCUACUUGACUCACCCACUGUUCCGUAAAAAGAUACAGAAAGUAUACGUGGCGAAUGUGAUUCCAUCUACAUAUCGGUCAAAUCUACAUUCAUAG